AUGUUGGCCAGGAAGGGCCUCUUGCCAGACGGCUUCCUGCUGACCCGCCUGGCAGAGGACCAGAACCAGUCGAACCGCAGUCGCUCUAAAUCCCAGAGAGCCCGCUUCAUCACCAAAACCGGAUCCUGCAAUGUGGCUCACAAGAACAUCAGAGAGCAGGGUCGCUUCCUGCAGGACGUGUUCACCACCAUGGUGGACCUGAAGUGGCAGCACUCGCUCCUCAUCUUCACCUCGGCUUUCCUCUGCUCCUGGAUGCUCUUCGCUAUGGUCUGGUGGCUACUGGCUUUCGCUCACGGAGAUCUGGAACCUCGUGACCCCAACGGGGAGCCGGGCCCAGUCCCCUGCGUCACCGCCAUCCACUCCUUCACCUCCGCCUUCCUGUUCUCCAUCGAAGUCCAGGUGACCAUCGGCUUUGGAGGCAGGAUGGUGACAGAGGAGUGUCCGGUUGCCAUCACGGUGCUGAUCAUCCAGAACAUUUUGGGCCUCAUCAUUAACGCCGUGAUGCUUGGCUGCGUCUUCAUGAAGACGGCUCAGGCCAACCGCCGUGCCGAGACGCUCAUCUUCUCCAGGAAUGCCGUCAUCGCGCCUCGAAGCGGACGACCCACCUUUAUGUUCAGAGUCGGAGACCUGAGGAAAAGCAUGAUCAUCUCUGCCACGGUCCAGCUGCAGGUGAUGCCGGCGGGACGGACGGCGGGAGACAGGCCCAGAGCCAACGGGCCUUUAACCCGGACUCUUUGCCUCCAGGUGAUCCGGCGGACGGUGACGGCAGAGGGCGAGGUCAUCCCAGUUUGCCAGCUGGACAUCCAGGUGGAGAACCCACUGAGGAGCAACGGCAUCUUCCUGGUCUCUCCCCUGAUCAUCAGCCACACCAUUGAGAGAGGAAGCCCCCUGUACGAGCUGUCGUCCCAGACGCUGGCCACCGAGGACCUGGAGAUCAUCGUCAUCCUGGAGGGCGUGGUGGAGACGACCGGCAUCAGCAUGCAGGCCCGCACCUCCUACACCCCCGAGGAGAUCCUGUGGGGCAGACGCUUCGUCUCCAUCAUAACGGAGGAGGACGGGCGCUACUGUGUAGAUUACUCCAAGUUUGGGAACACUGUACCGGUCAAGAUGUCGUCCCUCAGCGCCAAGGAGCUGGACCAGACCAGAGGAGUCCAGGAAGGGGCGUCCGACAGCCACCUGCAGGGAUGGGGCCUGGUCCGAGCCGGCAGAGGAGGCUUUCGUAGGGGAGGCCGGGCCUGCGACAGCGCCGCUCCUCAGCCCUGGUACGUCCAGCCACAAAAACCUGCCCAGGAGGCGCCCGAGAAGAAAGGCCAGAAGAAGACGGUGCAGCUGGAGGUGAUCGGGCGGCAGAACGAGGACGGACCAGGGGACACGAGCGACUGACGCACGGAACAACGAUGCAACCAGGCAGAAGUUAGUUCUCAAAGCUUUAAUUAUACAACAGAAAAGAUGAGGACCAGAGUAAGAAGCAGAGCAGAGGGUCGUCACACGGAUGGACCCCCGUCCAUCAGGCCGACACCUUGUGGUUCCACUGCUGAGCGGCUGCUGCACCUGCAGGACUGAACUCUGGGUCAGAGAGGUGUUAGUAGGUCACACGAAGCUGCGGACCGGGUUUUAGAUCCACGGUUCACAGCUGAAGCUGCUCGUCAUCUCAUCUCCCUCCUGGAUAGAAACCCCCUGUAAUCGCGCUCCACCUCAGCUAGAACCGACCCGUUCCAUCUAACGUCUGAAUGAAUAAAGUUUGGUUAGUCUGGGACUUCA